AUGGAUUUCAGAAAUGUAAUUGAACUAAGUGCUGUUGCUGUUUGUAAUGAACUCACUGUAAAGAUGACUUAUCGAAGCAAGAGAGCAAGGGAAAUACUUGCUGCCACAGCUAAGUCAAAUGCUACUGAAGUUAUUUUACAACCUACCAAAAAACAUGCUACUAAGUCACCACAGAAUGAGGUACUUAAGGAUGACAUAUGGGGACCUUUUUCUCCACCUAUUACCACUACAACAUCUGACCAACAACCACCUAAUAGUUUAGGAUCCAUUAGGAAAAAUCCUCCUGGUUCAACAUCAAGUUCAGUCAAAGAGGCAGCUACAUCAGGUUAUCAGAAUAAAUUCCCAGCAAAAGUCCCACCUAAUAUUCCACAUUCAAUUGCACCAGACUCAUUGAACUCCCCUUCUACUUCUCACAAACCUCCCGAGCGCCCAAAACCUGCUACACGAGGAAUCCGGAACCGUGAAACAGGUGCUGUGAAAACUUCAGCUACAGCUCCACAGGAUAAUCAUGAAAGACAAAAAAAUGGAAACGAAUCAGAAGAGAUCCCGAAACAAUCUAAGUCCUUACGACCAAAAGCACUUCCGGAUUGGCCUAAAGACAUUGAUUUUGACGACAAGGAGGAGGUUCUAACCAUAGAUGCCAAGGGUAAUACUACAUUAGUAAGUGGUAUUAUUCUGCCAAUUGACUAUGAUUGCGAAGAUGGAGUCACAUUGUCCAGUUGGGGAAAAGAUUGGAAAGCAAUCGACAAGCAUUUUAAAGGGAAAAUAAUUAAAGACAUAAGAGACCGUUUUGUGAUUCCUCCUGGUGUGGAAUACGACAACCAAGCUCUCAAGCGUGCCGAUAAAUGUUGGAGGCAGUUCAAAUAUUUUCUGAAAAUGAUUCAUUACAAGCCACUAGAGAAGAAAUUGGAUGAUAUGUGUAAUAAUGUGCCACAUGGAAUUACCAGUAGUAACUGGGUUAAGUUGGUAAAAUAUUGGGAUUCAGAUUACGGGAAAACUAUGUCAGCAUGCGGUAAAAAGGCACGAGCUUGUCAAAAUCAGAUUUAUACAUCUGGCUCUAAAAGUUUUGCAAACCAACAAGCUGAUUAUGAGGAUGAACAUGGAGAAAAAAUGAGCUUGUUAGCGCUGUGGAUUAAAACCCAUGCGGGUAAAGACGGAAAAUUUCUUUCUGACACAGUCACUCAAGAUUUUGUGGAUGAUGUUAAAGCUAAGGUUGAAGAGUUGAGGAUGGUGCACCCUAAGAUGUCUGAACAAGAGCUCGAAGAUGAAGCAUUUCAGCAAACUAUGUAUGGCAAUGAGAUUCCCGAUCGUCCGGUGGGUUACAGACUAGGGGUUAAAAAGGGGGACAUAUUCGGAGUACGUGGUGUGUUAAGGAAGGAAGGCUAUGGAAAAGUUCAAAAGAGGACUAUUGUGAUGGAUAGUGUUAAAGAAGAAGUGAAUGCUUUGCACAAGAAAAAUGAUACGCUAUCUCAAGAAAAUGAAAAGCUGAAAGACGAGGUCGGACACAACAAUGUUCUUCUUAAAGCGCUUAUUGGACAAUUUUCUCAGAUUGUAGGUGCAGUUCGUCAAGGGAAUGCAUCUCCGGGUCUUCUAGACAAAGCAUCUGAAUUCUUAGGAAAGGCAAAACAUCAGAUUGGAAAAGGCAAUGUAGGUGCAACAAAAGAAUAGGUCGGGACACUUGAGCAUCAACAAGCGACUAUAUCGAUCAAUGUGGCCAUCAUCUAUCUAUUUUGGUUUUUAGUCUUAUAUUAGUGAUGUAUUUAUUUAGGGACAAGCUACAUACUAUUUAAUAUGCGACCAUUUUUUUUUUUAAUGAUUGUACUGUCUUGAUGUUUUCUUUUCUAAAUUUGGUAAUUAACUACGACUUACUAUUUUUAUUGUCGAUUAAUUAUUGUUUUUUUUAAUCUAGUUAUAUAUAAUUUUUGUUUAUUUUUAUUUUAA